AUGGAGCCCGCUCAAAUACCGUCCAUUGCGGUCGUUACCUCGUCGCGCGCCGUGAUUUCCGGCCGUCUGACAUCUGCAACGAUCGUUGUAUCACGCACCACCGGUAAGAUCACCGCUGUAUUUGACUCCGUGAUCCCGGCGUCGGACUUCCCUGAGGGGACCCCCUACACCGACUAUUCGCCCCAUGUGCUGCUGCCCGGUCUGGUCGACGCUCACGUCCACCUGAACGAGCCGGGCCGCACCGAAUGGGAGGGCUUCUAUACCGGAACCCAGGCCGCUGCUUUCGGGGGUGUGACCACGGUCAUUGACAUGCCCCUGAAUGCCAUCCCCCCUACCACCACGGUGGCUGGUCUGAAGGAGAAGCUGUCGGCGGCUGACGGCAAGUGCUGGGUCGACGUCGGCUUCUAUGGCGGUAUCAUCCCCGGCAAUGCCCAUGAACUGAAGGAGCUCGUCAACCAAGGCGUCCGCGGCUUCAAGGGUUUCCUGAUCGACAGUGGGGUUGAUGAAUUCCCCGCCGUCUCGUCGGAAGACAUUCGCAAGGCCAUGGUCGAAUUGGCCGACGAACCCACCACGCUCAUGUUCCACGCCGAGAUGGUGCCCCCCAUCACCGCGGCUGAUUCGGUUCAGCCCCAGACCCCCGAAGGCCCCGUGGAAGCCUACUCCACCUUCCUGGCCUCGCGGCCCUCGUCGUACGAGACCUCCGCCGUCGAGGAGAUCCUCUCCCUGGCGCAUCUGGCCCCCAACCUGCCGCUGCACAUCGUCCACUUGUCCGCCAUGGAGGCCAUCCCGCUGCUGCGCAAGGCCCGGGACCAAGGCAUCCCCAUCACCGCCGAGACCUGCUUCCACUACCUGUCCCUGGCGGCCGAGGAGAUCCGCGAUGGAGACACCCGACACAAGUGCUGCCCGCCCAUCCGCUCGCAGCUGAACCAGGACAGCCUCUGGGACGAGCUGGAACGCCACGCCGACAACGGCGUCAUCAAGACCGUCGUGUCCGACCACUCGCCCUGCACGCCCGACCUCAAGCUCCUGCCGUCGCACGUCCCCGGACCCCACGACUGCCAGGCCGAAGCCGCCGCCGUCGACAAAAACCAAGGCAGCUUCUUCUCCGCCUGGGGCGGCAUCUCCUCCGUCGGACUGGGCCUCCCCAUCCUCUGGACCGAGCUUAGCCGACGCAAGGGCCUGACCGCCUCGCCCGAAGACACCAAUACCAAACGGGCCCUGCAGGACAUCGUGCAGCUCUGCUGCGCCAACACCGCGGCGCAGGUGGGUCUGGAGCGCCAGAAGGGCGACCUGCUGCCCGGGUUCGACGCGGACAUCUGCGUCUUCGACGACACCGCCGAGUGGGUCGUCGAGCCUAGCACCAUGCUCUUCCGCAACAAGUGCUCGCCCUACCAGGGUCGGACGCUGCGCGGCCAGGUGCGCGAGACCUGGCUGCGUGGCGAGAAGAUCUUCAGUCGGGACGAGGGCUUCGGCAGCAAGACUCCGGCGGGUGCCCUGCUCCUGGAGAAACGGGUGUGA